AUGGCAGCUGCUACAAAUGCUAAUGCUAACUCGGCAACCAGUAGCUUCAGCUUGAAGCUGAUAAUCGACAAAAAGGAAAAGAGGGUCUUGUGCGCGGAAGCAGGGAAAGAUUUCGUGGAUUUCCUGUUCAACUUUCUGGCAAUGCCGGUUGGCGCCAUCGCCAUGCUCGUAACAGACGAUCGUAAAGAAGAUCCCACCAAGCAAACCACCGGUAGCAAUAAUGAAAUUCCCGGCUGCGUUACGGAGCUCUACGACAGCACCCGUAACAUGAACGUAUCCUUCUUCCAGAAUGCAGACAGAAAAGCUUUCCUCGCCAGCUGGCUCCAUCCCGAGACCAAGUUCCCGAAGGUGCCGCUGCUUCCCUUUCCCCCACGGCGAUCUUCGAUAAGGUCGUUAUAUAAGUGCGCUGAGGCGGCGUGUAAUGUACAUGGUGACAACUAUUAUGCCGUUCGUCCCGGAGGUUGCCAAUGUAGGUACAUUGAUGAUUUCAUUGACGCUCAGGGAUGGCCGUUUCGUGAGGCCGACUUCGUCAAGGACGUGGUGACUUACAUGGUGAUGGAUGAUCUCACGGUUACGCCUGUAGAAUCCAUGAUGUCUGGUCUCUCCCUUCUCGCCAAGUUUAAUAUCAAAGACGUCGGGGUGGUCGAGCAAAGAGUGGUCCAGGUCGGCACCAAAGAGGGAGUGGAGCUGCUUAGGGCGUUUAUGCACACAAAAUCGGCCCUGACCACUGUGUUUCUCGGGAAGAAGGAGACCAUCGUCAACAAGGCGUACAAUUGGGUUAAAGGCUACUCCCUGCUCGACAAACUGAGUUUUGUUAUCCGUUGUAUAAGAAUUGCUCUAUGGCUUUGUUUCUUGGGGAUUGGUCUGAUUGGAACGUUGUUUGUUUGUCUUGGUUUUAUUUUUUGGUUAUCAGCAUAA